AAUCCAAUUGGACCGAUGAAAAAUGAAUCGAGCAAAUGCUAAAAAUAAUCGAGCGAUAAGUGCGUAGAGAUAUCAACAUUUGCUCAUGUCACACUCUUCGUCCAUUGAAUAACAUGCCUAAUUGGAAUAGCAGAGGCCGUAACAGUACUGUUUUAGUACGAAAACUAACAGAAGGUGUAAACACAACUGUAAAUAAUAAAAAAAAAAACAAUUAAUCACUAAUAUAAACAAAAUAGUGCAAAUAAUGCGAUUAAUAUUCAGAUUAAUUACACGUUGUGUUCAUUAAUUAACUUACGGCAUAAUAAGAGCAAUAUACAGCAACGGCAACAAUAACAACAUCAACAACAGCCACAACCCAAAGGAGAUUGAGAUUCGCAACGCAAUCAAAAAAAAAAAAGAAAAAAAACAAAAAAAAAAGUAGCAAAAAUAUUCCAUUAAACGGAAAAUAACAUACGGCUGCGUGAUAGUGUAUGUGUGUGUGGUGUGUGUGUGUUGUGCAUAGAGAAGGGGGAAGUGCCGCGCUCAUAGCCCAAAGGUGGUUAACAGUAGCAACAAUAACAACAACAACAACUAAAAAACAAAAAACAGUACGACUAGCAAGACCUUGAAAACUUUAAAGAAAAAGCAACAAUAAAAAAGCUGAAAAAUUAUUAACAAAAUACGCAAACAGUGCGGCGGCAACGGCGGUUUGCGGCCGUUAAGUUAUGGAGAGUGACAAUUUUCCGCAACGCGCCAAUUAGCAAUUAAAACAAAAAGAAAACAAACAACAAUAACAACAACAACAGCAACAACACAACAAAUGCGUCGGGAAAAGACGUAUUUGAAUUUAAUAAAUCCCAAGUACGUAAAGCGUAAGAUUCAAAACAAGAUUUACGAUUUACAGCAAUAACAGCAGUGCCCACACACACACACACACAUACACACAUACUAUUUACGCUGAAUAUACAUAAGCGUAACGUGCGCAAUGGCAGCAGUAGUCGCGGCCUCAGCCAACGCCAGCGGCGGCGUCGCAGUUAUGACAGCAGCCGCUGCCAAUGAUGGCGAGUCAAGUGAUGCCAGCAGCGCAGUCAAUGGACGCGAGGCACGCAAUCUAGCAGAGAAACAGCGACGGGACAAGCUCAAUGCUAGCAUACAGGAACUGGCUACAAUGGUGCCGCAUGCUGCUGAAUCGACGAGACGUCUGGACAAGACCGCUGUGCUCCGCUUUGCCACCCACGGGCUGCGGCUGCAAUAUGUUUUCGGCAAAUCGACGACACGGCGUCGACGCAAACACAAUCUCAAAUGUGUUUCGGAUGGCGUUGGCAUCGACAGCGACGGAGGCAGCGCUGCCAUUGCCGGCGAUGCGCUACAUUUAUCGGAUAGACUAAUGCAGCUGCUGGACAGCUUUCUGCUGACGCUCACCUGCAAUGGGCAGAUAGUGCUCGUCUCUGCCAGCGUUGAGCAGCUGCUGGGCCACUGUCAGUCAGAUCUCUAUGGGCAGAAUCUAAUGCAGAUUGUGCAUCCGGACGAUCAGGCCAUGCUGCGUCAGCAGCUGAUACCACGCGAUAUAGAAAACUUGUUUUAUCAGCAGCGUCAGCAGCAGCAGUCAAACUGCUCUGCCGCCAGUGACGACGAUGAGGAGCAGCAGCAGCAGCAGCAACAGCAUCAUCAUAAUCAUCAUCAAGAGGAUGAUGAAGAGCUGGACGAGGUGGAGGAGCUGCGCUCGCGCACACCCAGUCCAGAGACCAUUGCCCAUAUGGCUGUCAUAGAUGAGCGCCUGCGCGCCGAUCGACGCUGCUUUACAGUGCGUCUGGCACGUGCGUCGACGCGGGCAGAGGCGACGCGGCACUACGAAGUUGUGAAAAUCGAUGGUUGCUUUCGGCGCAGCGACUCAUCGAUAACGGGCGGCGGCGCUGCCAAUUAUCCAAUCGUCUCGCAGCUGAUAAGACGCUCGCGUAAUAAUAAUAUGCUGGCUGCCGCAGCAGCGGCCGCUGCCGACGCCACAGCGCUGCCGCCAGCAUGUCUGCCGCAGCACGAUGCCAUAGCGCAGGCAGCGCUGCAUGGGAUCAGCGGCAACGAUAUAGUGCUGGUUGCCAUGGCGCGCGUCCUGCGCGAGGAUGCCAAUUGCCUGAGUUUAAUGUGCCGACAGCCGGAGCCGUAUCAGCUGGAAUAUCGCACGCGGCAUCUCAUCGACGGCUGCAUCAUUGACUGUGAUCAGCGCAUAGGCAUUGUGGCGGGCUACAUGAAGGAUGAGGUGCGCAAUGUUAGCCCGUUUGGCUUUAUGCACUUGGACGAUGUGCGCUGGGUGAUUGUGGCGCUGCGGCAGAUGUACGACUGCAGAUAUGAUUACGGCGAGAGCUGCUAUCGGCUGCUGUCGCGCAAUGGCCAUUUUAUCUACCUGCAGACGAAGGGAUUUCUGGAGAUUGACAAGAGCAGCAACAAGGUGCAUUCGUUUCUGUGCGUCAACACGCUGCUGGACGAGCAGGCCGGCAAGCGCAAGGUGCAGGAGAUGAAGGACAAAUUCUCGACCAUCAUCAAGGCGGAUAUACCAGCCACGCAGAGUACACCCGACUUGCCCGCCUCGCGUGCUCCACAGCAGCUGGAGCGCAUUGUGCUUUAUCUCAUCGAGAAUCUACAAAAAAGCGCCGCAGUCAGUGGCAUUGAUGUCGAUGCGCUGGACGAUGGCUGCUGCAGUUCGCCUGGCUCGAUGACACUGGAGGAACUGGCGCCAUCGCCAACGCCGCCGCAGCUGGCUUUGGUGCCACCAGCACCCAAUCAUGUCAAGCACUCGAUUACCAAGUCGGUCAAUGUGGUCAAUGUAACAGCAGCGCGUAAUCUGCAGUACCAGCAGCAGCAGCAACAACAGCAGCAGCAACAGCAGCAGCAGCAACAGCAGCAAAAUGCUGGCGGCGUCAUACGUCAGCUGAGCUGCUGCAUAAGCGAAAGCUCGACGCUAUCGCCAGCCAGCGCCAGCAGCAUGGAGCUGCCCGACGAGGCUAGCAGCAAUACAUCGCCGCCGCCGUCAGCAACAGCAGCACGCAGCAGUGUAUUGCAUAAGCUUAUGACAACGCCAACGAAAGCAGCGGCAGCAGCAGCAGCAGCAAAAACAGCGGAAGCAGCAGUAGCGCCUAAGCAAUUGCGAGCGGCACUUACACAGACGCUACGAAGCUUGGACAAAGGGCUAACAACGCUGGGGGAGGAGGCGCAAACGCUUUACCAGCAGCAGCAGCAACAAGGCGGCAGCCUGCUGCCCGAAUUUGAGAAACAAAUGGAUGCCAUUAUGCUGGAGCAUCAGCGGCAGAAGCAGCUGCUGGUUAACAUUAAGAGCGCGUAUAAUGAAACAGCAGCGACGCCGACGACGACAGCUGCGCAGCCAGUAUCGGUAAUAACGAUCAAGUCGUCAGGCGCUGUUAACAUUGGCAGCGGUAGCGGCAUCGGGAGCAGUAGUAAUGGACACUAGUGCAUUGGCUUUAAUUAUUUAGGCUUAGUAGCUCAGUAUUCAGUGCAUGGCUGUAGCUUUAUUCCCCUUACCCCUCCAUACAAAUAGACGCCAAGAAACUCCCAGUGCGAACAGAGUACAAAUUCAAUUUCUUUUUAAGCAAUUUACUCAUUUAAUUUUUAUGACAACAACAAACAAAACAAACAAAG